AAAAAACAGGCGUCGAAAAUCAAACAAAUCCCAACAGUCAAAUUGCAAACACAACAACCAAACCACACUGAACGAAGGAAAAAAAGAAGAGACAGAGAGAAGAACCAAAUGAGCAGUGGUAAAGGAGGGGAGCUGAUCCCAUCAAGCUCCGAAUUGGACUUGGAUCGACCCAACAUUGAAGAUUAUCUCCCUUCCGGAUCCUCCAUUCACAAGCCCGUCGGCAAGCUUCGCCUAUGCAAUUUACUCGAUAUUUCUCCUACUUUAACUGAAGCUGCUGGUGCCAUUGUUGAUGAUUCGUUCACGCGAUGUUUUAAGUCGAAUCCUCCCGAACCGUGGAACUGGAAUGUGUAUUUGUUUCCUCUUUGGUGGUGUGGUGUGGUAAUCCGAUACUUGAUUUUAUUCCCUGUGAGGGUUAUAGUUUUGACAGUAGGAUGGAUAAUAUUUCUGUCAUGCUUCAUCCCUGUACACCUCCUACUCAAAGGGCACGAUAAGUUGCAGAAAAAUAUGGAGAGGGCUUUGGUGGAGUUAAUCUGCAGCUUCUUUGUUGCAUCCUGGACUGGAGUGAUUAAUUACCAUGGGCCGCGGCCUAGCAUGCGGCCCAAGCAGGUGUUUGUGGCCAAUCAUACAUCUAUGAUCGAUUUCAUCAUAUUAGAACAGAUGAGUUCAUUUGCUGUCAUUAUGCAGAAGCACCCUGGAUGGGUUGGACUACUGCAGAGCACCAUUUUAGAGAGUGUAGGAUGUAUUUGGUUUAACCGUUCUGAGGCAAAAGAUCGGGAAACUGUAACAAAGAAGUUAAGGGAACACAGUCAAGGUGUUGACAAUAAUCCUCUUCUCAUAUUUCCUGAAGGGACCUGUGUAAACAAUCAAUACAGUGUUAUGUUUAAGAAGGGUGCAUUCGAACUUGGUUGCACAAUUUGCCCGAUUGCAAUAAAGUACAAUAAAAUUUUUGUUGAUGCAUUUUGGAAUAGCCGAAAGCAGUCCUUCACAAUGCAUCUGUUGCAGCUUAUGACAUCAUGGGCCGUUGUUUGUGAUGUGUGGUACCUCGAGCCGCAGAAUCUAAGACCUGACGAAACACCAAUUGAAUUUGCAGAGAGGGUCAGAGACAUAAUAUCCGUUCGAGCAGGUCUUAAGAAGGUUCCAUGGGAUGGUUAUUUGAAGUACUCUCGCCCUAGCCCCAAACAUAGAGAGCGAAAACAACAAAGCUUUGCUGAAUCAGUGCUUCGGAGGCUGGAAGAAAAGUGAUACCAUAAACACACAUUUGUUUCGUUUGUUGAGUUGCCAUUAUCUAGAUAAUGCUUUAGGCCCAGUCGGCACAUCUUGAUGUCUCAUGCUUUAUUUUUGUAUCAAAUCUUAGAAUUAGAAUGAGUUGGUAAUUUGUCUAGUUGUAGGUUUUUUUGUGAAAUAGCAUAAGGCUGGUAUUGCUGAUUGAGUCUUAGUUCGGUUAACAUUAUUGUUCCAGCAAUAACCGGUAUUACUAGUUGGUAAUUUUGGUCAUAUGGAAUUCUGUUGAGGGGGUCGGCUCUCUUUUAGGAGAAGUUUUUGAAGUGUCGUCCGCUGAGUAAUUGAUCAAAUCCUCAAACAGUAGAGGUAUUAUGCCUGAGGUGUCUAUGUUUAGUUUUAGUCUGCCUCUUGUCUCUCAUAAUUCGAGAAGGGCCCAAAGCGGUCCAUAGAGUUUAGACAGCGCUUAGUCACAUUCUAAAGCAUUUCCUUGGUGGAUUAGCUCUCUCAUGACUCCCUUUGAGCUUUUCUCAUAGUAGAGAGAUAAAAUUCAGGAUUAAAAUUGAGUAUAGUCACGCCGGGCAAAAUACCUCCACUAUUCGAUGGUCUGAUCGACUGUUCAGCAAACAACACGAGAAUAGAACCCUCAACAAGUUCCUUUGAAUAUUUUAGUAAAAAAUUGAGUUUAUAUCUUUGAGUUCAUUUUA